CAUCAACAUGCGCCACAGGUCCUGCAGCAUGAGAAGCACAUGGAGACACUAUAAAAACGCUCAGGACCUGUGUAACGGCGCCCUGCAUAGCGCGGCUCACAUAUUUUGGUGAAGCAUCUCUGAAGCGGUCGGGAGUCAAGAUGAGCACCCCCCUCACGCCGGGCUCUGGAACCGAGCCUGCAUCAAACCCUGGGACAGGAGAAAAGGAUUCGGCUUCUGCAGCCAAAAAAACUAGAAAAUGUGGUAUUUGCUGCAAAAGAUUGUCUAACACUGGAUCCAAGCCCCUGUGUAAAGAAUGUACUGCCAGUGUCAUCAAGUCUGAGUCUUCUAGUCUAAUUGAAGACAUUAGAAAAGUGGUAAAAGAAGAGGUUCAGCUAGCCUUAACUACCAGAGAACCUACUCCCCCCAAAGUUCCCCCCACUCAGGACGCCCGUAGUGUUAAAUCACUUAUCCUGGAUUCCGACUCUGAGGGGCUGGCGGUCUCAGACUCCGAAUCUGUCCAAAAACACCCGGCAUCUUCAGAUGAAGAGGGCGAAUAUAAGCGCUUCUUGUUCAAUCCUGAAGAUAUUGAUGAACUUAUCAGGGCCAUCAGGGCCACCAUUCAGAUGGAGAUGCCUAAAACCCCUAGGUCUACCCAGCAAGAAAUUUUUGGGGGUCUAGGUGAAAGGAAGAAGGCCGUUUUUCCAGUCCCUGAUAGUGUCCAAAAAUUAAUUAGGUCUGAAUGGGAAAAACCGGAUAAAGGAUCCUUUAUCCCAAGAGGAAUUAAGAGGCGCUACCCCUUUAGCCAAGAGGACUGUACGGAUUGGGAGACCAUUCCCAAAGUAGACGCGCCAGUGGCCAAGGUAGCAAAACAUACGGCCCUACCGUUUGAAGACUCAGCACAAUUGAAAGAUCCUCUAGACAGGAAAGCGGAGAGUCUCUUGCGAAAGACCUGGGAGACUACGGCGGCCCUUCUCAAGCCGGGCGUUGCCUCCACAUGUGUGGCCAGAACACUGAACCUUUGGCUAGACCAGCUAGAGAUACAUCUGGUCAAUAAGACACCACGGGAUCAAAUUCUAGAGAGCUUGCCUCUAUUAAAGAUGGCAACCUCCUUUCUAGCAGACGCAGCUGCUGAAUCAGUUAAACUGUCCGCCCGUCCUAACAAAGGGAAGAGAGCGGCAAAAAGUUCCAUCUCCAGAUGGAUUAAGAUGGCAAUCUCCGAAGCAUAUAAAGCUCAGGGAAAAGACGUCCCUGCUUCCCUAAAAGCACAUUCUACGAGAGGCAUGGCUGCCUCCUGGGCGGAAAAAGCCUCAGCCUCCUUACAACAGAUUUGCAGGGCAGCAACAUGGAAAAGAGUUCAUACUUUCACUAAGCACUACAGACUAGAUGUAGCUGCUAAUGACGAACUAAGAUUUGGACGUAAGGUCCUGUCGGCAGUCGUCCCCGCCUAA